GACCUGGCAUCACUGGUUCAUGUUUGAAAAGUUUUUAUGCUUUUGGCGGUGAGAGAGUUAAAUUGUUUUUGGCAAUAUAUGAUUUUUAAUUGUGAUUUUAGUCACUCACUCUCAAAGUUAUUAAUUAAUUUUUUGGAUUACUUUGGUUUCAAAAAUGUCUGAAAAUCCAUGGUGGGAACACCAGGAUGAAGUAAGUAGGUGUGUUGGUGACUGCUAUGAAGAACUGCAUCAAAUUUGGACGGAUUGUGGCUUCGACGAGGGAACAUGUAAGCACAGGCGUGGUGUAGUUGUGAAUCAUGUUAAGUUGCUUUUAAAAGAGAUGGUGAAAGAAGAAACUGGACUUAAAAACCUUCUGAUAUCAAAAGUGGAAGAAGCACUUAAGGAAAUAACAUCUCUGUCUAAGGAGCUGCGCUGUGAUAUUCCUACCACUAGCUAUGAAAAUCUGCCAUUGAACAGAAUGGAGAAAGCAUUGAGGAGCACCAUAGAAGAACAUAAUCAGAUAAAGCGGGCAAUACUGAACAGACUAGCAGAGCUGAAAGAGACGGAGAAAAUCAUCUGCAAGUCAUUGGCCAUUGAUCCUGUCCAUUUUGCGGACAGAGUGCCCACACAGCAAGAACUAGAUGAUUUUGAGAAGUAUUUGAAUGAUCAAAAACAAGAAAAGGCUCAACUGGAAAGUAUUUUCAAGAAAAGAAGACUUGAUAUAAUCACUUUGGUUAAGGAACUAGAAUGGAGUCCCUCUCUCCAGUUUGAAAAGAGCGUAGUUAAUGAUGAUGGUUCAUUUGUUUUUUCUGAAGCAAACAUGAGAGAACUAGAGAAUCUGCAUCAAAGAUUGAGCAAAGAUCUGCAGGAGAGACAAGCAUUGGUUUUAGAGUUACGUACAAAAUUGACAGAACUUUGGGACAGACUCUCGCAAGGUAUAGAGUACAGAGAGAAGUUUCUGUCAAGUGUUCGUGGCUGUGGAACGAGCACAGUCGAUAAGUUAAAAAGUGAACUGACUCGGCUGGAGGAAAUAAAACGUCAGAACAUAAAGAAGUUUGUGGAGUACGCGAGGAGGGACUUGGAAGAGUGGUGGCAGAAGUGCCACUUGUCGGAGCAGCAGAAGCUCAGCUUCAUCCCCUACCACUCGGACUGCUACACCGAGGACUUGCUGGAGCUGCACGAGCUGGAGGUGCAGAAGCUCAAGUAUUUCCACCAGUCCAACAUUGAUAUAUUUCAACUUGUGGAAGAACGACAAAAUUUGUGGGACAGAAUGCUUUAUAUUGAAAACUGCACUCAUGAUAAAAACCGCCUGUUUGGUAACAGAGGUGGAAAGUUAUUACAAGAGGAGCGUGAACGCAAGAAAAUCCAGAAGGAUUUGCCAAAGAUUGAGAAGAACUUGCUAGAAUACUUGAAAAUAUACGAAAAGAAACACAAGGCCCCCUUCAUGUUAGAUGGUCAGGUACUCUCUGAAGUGAUCAAAAACCAGUGGAAAGAACGUGAAGAGAACAAAGAACACGAAAAGCAGGCUAGGAAGAAACUGCGCGACCAAGAAAGUGCUGUGGAGUCGAGGUUCGGUGCGAGGAGUGCCAGUAAAGACAGCACUGGCAAGCGCAAGAGGGGCGCCACUCCAACUCCAACCACGCCCUGCUCUCACAAGCAGCCAAAGCUAAUGUCCGGCAACCCAACUCCUUUGACAUCCAGCUCUCGCAAGGGGAAGACGUGGCGGCCUAAAGAAGAUCCAGAACGAAUCAGAAAGGCCGUGAGGAAGUCCCUGCGGCUGAGCGGCCACUUCCCGAGGCCUGGCUCAAGCCAAGGGUCCCCUCAGCCGAGCAUGAGCUGCCUUGUCCCCACCAGAGAUCAGAGCAUGGCCUCCACUGCUCUCUCAUACACACAUUUCAAGGGUCAGCUAGAACUACUCAAUACGGAAUCAGAGUGUCGCAGUUCUGUGAAACCAGGGGCUAAAAGUGAGACUCCGUUGAAGCCGUCACGGCGAGCGCUGACCCCGAGGAAUUUUGAAACCCCGAGGGUGGCGGCAGCCAGACUCCAGACUCCCGCCAUGAAGACUCCUCAGGGCAGAGCGCCUGCACCCCCGCGGCUCACGACGCCUCGCGUCAAGAUGCCAUUCCUUAUCUGAGUGUCACCCGACUGCCCAAAUGUAAAUAAUGUACAGCUUUUUUACACGAUUUUGUUAUUUAUCUUCUUCUGUUCAGCAAAUGUAUCUUCUAGUGUUUGCACUUGUAAUAUUAUUUGUAUGUUUGUUCAUAUAUUGUAGAUAGGAAUAACUAAUGUUAAUCUUAAUUCUCGCCACUGUAUUUUGUAUUUGGCUUCAUUAGUGUUAUGCGGUAUUACAAAGAUAUUACAAAAUCAUCCUGCAUAUAUCAUAAAUUUGCUUAAAAAAAGAAUAUUUAAUUAUUCCUGAAGUCAGGCAAGUUUAAAGUACAUACAAAGUAAAUCCUUAAAUUGUUCAAAAUCACCAAGGUGGAAAAUUUGCCUCACCAAGAAAUUAAUUACUGAAAUCAUUGUUUUUUUGAGUAAAUGAACAUAUUGAAAUACUAAAAUUAAUUCAUUUUAUCUGUGCAUCAACAAUGUACUUAAUAGUUGAGUUAAAUUUUCAAUGAUUUUAAUAUAUUUGCAUGUAAAUUCAUUACGGAAACGUGUCUUAACGUAUGAUCUUAAAAACUAUAUUCAGGAUGUCACAUAAAAUGCUGUACAGCCGCUCCUCGAAGUAACGCUGUUUGAUUUGCGUGGUUAUGAAGUAACAGUAAGUUACGGAAUUAUUUGAAGUAAAAACUAAUUUCAGCUACAUGAAUUUUUAUUUCAUUGCAUACAAAAUGGAAACUGCAUUUGUGUAAAAUUAAACACAAUGCAAUGAAUAAUACUACUACAAAUGAAAAUCAGUACCCAUUCCUUAAUAGCUAUUUGCUUCCUUCAUGGCCCAUUUACGAACCCAAUUAAAAUGGUAUGAUUUAUAUUAUGCAGAAAUAUCUCCAAUGCCUAAGUGUUCAGCCAUUGUUUGUAUUACAUUAAUCCCUGCAAGUCAACAGCAGCUAUGGUGAGAAAAGCAAGAAACUUUCAGGGCUAGUUUACCUCGCACCUACCAGAAUGUGCUAUUGGCAAAACAUGUGAUUAGUGAUUCAUUGCAGACAUGCAUUUAAUAAACAGUAUAGUCUGGAGUUACAAUAACUGGUUAAAUUUUCUUUCUUUUUAAUAUGAAACAUUAAGUUUAUGCUACUUUAAUCUUAUGUGAAUGGAAAAUUAUAUCUAUAUUACCCUGUUUUAUCGCAUAAUUGUCACAUGCACAUAAUCAUCUCACCAAUAUUUGAGGGCUUCAAAAUUUGGAUAAAAAAAACCUCUCGCGUAAAUGUCGCAUGAUUUGGUCCCACUAUUAGAUUCCAAAUCCUUUGUGUAGGUAUUUUUUUCCUAUAAAAUAAUGUCUUUUAAAGUAGAAAUAUAAUAUGUAUUUUGAUAUCACUACUUACUUAUUUAAUUAACAGAAAUACAAAGUUGUCCGAUAUGUAAAUUUUCUUUUAAAUACGUUUUAUCUCGUCGAGUGCCGAGUUAACUACAUUUGAUAGCCCGCACUCUUUCGUGGUAAGUGUGUACUACGACGAUAUUUACGUCACAGAUUCAAGUGGCUCGUUUUCCGGUCACCAAUUUUGUUUUUCUAUUUAAAGUUGAAGAAAGGUUUUUGUUGCAUGACUUAUUAAUUUUAAUUAUUGGGUGUGCUCUUGUAUACUCCACUUUUUUAAAUAAACGUACUUUCUCUCUCUCUCUCUCUCUCUCUCUCUCUCUCUCUAUCUCUCUCUCUCUCCAUCUCUCUCUCUCUCCCUCUCUAUCUCUCUCUCUCCCCCCCCCUCUUUUUUUUCAUUCAAUGAUUUUCAUAUAUAUUUAUUCAAUAUUAACAGGGGAAAAGAAUAAUAUGACAAAAUAUUUUUCAGGAAAAAUGCAUAUUAAAACAAGGAUUUGUUAUAUUCAUGCAAAUAAUUUAUGAAAUAUAAAAAACCAGUAACAUUUAUAAUUAAAUUUACAUUACAUGGACAUAAUCAAGGUUUCUUAAUACAACUAUAAUCUUUUAUUGUGAACAUAAAUAAAAUGUUAUCUGUUUUAUGAAGUUCCUGUAACGUUCCCGGAAAUAUUUAGGCGUUCCUGGAAUAACGAGUAUGUUUGUGAAUUACAAAAAUAAUAUAGGCUAAAACAAGGGUAAAUUUAAAUUAUGAACGACAGUUUUAGAAAUCACUGUUAUUUAUAUUGUCAUAAGGUUUGUUCUUAGCAUGAAAUUAAUUUACUUGGUUUUAAUCAGUUUUAUAAUGCAUUCUUUUAAGUAAAGCUAAGAUCAACUCUUUAUGAUCAUAAAUUAUAUCUUAAUUACUUUAUUGCUAAAGUAAAUAGAAUCUCAAAUAAAGAAACAAAAGCAAAUUAACUUUGUAACAACUUAUUUAGAGAACCAAAAAGUCUAAAAAAUUUCAAAAACAUCAAUAUCAGUAUUAAAAAAUUAUAUUCUUGAUUCUGUUCUUUUUUCAGUAUUAGUGUUGGAAUAAUACUAAUUUUUUGGUCAAAGUUUAUAUAAGAGACAACAUUUAAUUCCAUUUUGAAUUUUUUGGUACUGUUACACACAUAUCUCAAAAAAGUUACUAAAACUUAAUCGGCAUAAAUCUUGCAGGCAGUAACAUAUCUGUAAUAAACAUUUCUUUUUUGAGUAGGGUCUCUAAUUAAUACAAUGUCCCGGGGGAUAUCAAAUUUGAAUGUAUGUUUUCUUGACCAUACAAUGUAUUUGCAACAACACCAAUCAAUUUUUUUUAAUUUUGCUGGCAAACAGAUGUCAUUAAAUCUUUAUCUGAUGAAGAUGAGUUGUAAAUAGUUUUAUAAAUGCUGUUUCUCUGCUUUAAUUUCACCAGGUCUUCCAAAUUAUCUGUAACCAUGGUCUCUUCCAAGACGAGAUUCUAUUGCUGACUUAAAAACAUCUAUAGGUUCCACUGAGCUUACAUUUAAAAGACUAGACAGUUGUAUCCAAAGUGUUAUACUCGUACGUUUGCUUCAUUGCAAUGUAUAAUUGCCAUAGUACCAUAUUUACCCACGUAUGUAUUGCAUAUUUUAUGUCGAUUUUUAGUUUUAAAAAAGUGUUAUGCGUCUCUUGCGCAAAUUUAUAACUUUGGGUAAAAAAAAAUUAUAUUUGUGGUGUCUUGAGUGUGUGUGUAAAUAACUCUCCUGUGUUGGUUUUUAAUAAGUAUAUUACUAGUAAGUAUAAAUUGUUUAGUUAAAAUAUCUGAGGAGUGCUGCUGGGCUGAUAUUCGGCUAGAAGGGAAUCUAAAUAUAAACCAGCAAGUUUGUGGGUGUGUAGUCUGUAAGUUCAUGAAGCCAUGUAGUGGUGGUGACGGUACUCCCUCCCUCCCACUUGUAAAUAUCCAUUAAUAGGCACAAUUUCCUAGUGUCUAUUUUGACAAAUUUUUAAGAUGUAACUGUGACCCAACAUAAUUGUUUUUUGCAUGAGAUUCCUUAGCUUUCAAAUGCAACAUUUUAUAACAAAACUGCAUCCAUCCUUGGUGCUUUGGAAGCGGCCUUUCAAAAGCUUUUUACAUUAUUCAGCUCCUCCAGGAAUAAUUUCAUGCUGACUGUAACUCUAGUUUUUAUAAAAGAAACUGACAAUAGAGGUUGGGUUUGCUUGCUUUUUUUUUUUUUGUUUUUUUUUCUUCUUCUUCUUCUUCUUCUUCUUCUUCUUCUUCUGGAAGAGGACUGGUUUUAAAAAAUACAAUAGCCAGGAAGGGAUACAUGGCUGUUUUCUGUUAUUAGGGGGUGUCGUAAAGCAGUAGGGGAGAGGGGAAUUAUAGGGGCGUCACUUCCUUCUACACAGUAAUAAAGCAGCACAGAAAGCAGACAAAAAGAGAAUCUAGGGUACCAGUGCCGUAUUUCUUAUGCACCAAUAAGCUUGAAAUGCGAAACAAAGACUACUGUACACCGAUUUAUGGUGCGAUUCAUAUUUCAGGGCCACCCUUACUGCAAAAAUCUUGUAUUUAUAUGACCCAAAUUAUAGCUGCCACUCAAACACAGGGGCAACUCUUCUGCGGGUAAAUAUCAUAGAUAUAAAGGUUUGUUUUCUAAAAUUGUAGUUAUCAGUUUCACAUAAGCCGAUACUGCAUGAGCUUGGUGAUCUAAAUUUUCACUAACUGUAGCAAAAGAUCCUGGUACUAAAGCAUUGUAUGUUUUGUGUAUAAUAUAUGCCUGUAUGGAUAGAUAAAUGAUUUAGCACAAUGUGUGGACUGUAUUUCAUUAUAGUUUUCUAAAAAGUCUAUUUGUAGCAUUAUAUCAUUUUCAUUUAAGUUUCCUUUCACCUCUUAUUUCAAUUUGUUGCAACUAUAAAUACCAUAGAGAUGUUUUUCCACGACUGGAAUUUCUGGAAUAUCUUCAGAUAAAGCAGCAUUGAAUUCUUUGACUACUCAAAAUACUAAAAUAGGAACCUUUAAAAAUGUUAUUAUGAGUAUUAUUAUUAUUAUUUGCAGUUUUGCAGUUUUAUCUUCAUGAAUGAAUUUCCAUUAAAAAUAUAUCAGGGAAUCUAUAUUAUCUCCUCAGUUAAACUCCUGAUUUUUGCAUUCAAUCGUGAAGUCAUGAGAAGUUACAUCGCAAGUGUAAUCCUCAAUAAACCUUUAUGUGCAUUUUUCGGUUUAUUGCAUUUCAAUUCAGAAUUUUUAUGCUUGACACACAUGCAACUUUUUUGGUCCUUUAAUUUUGAAGCUAUGACCCAAAAUGGCUUUGCUCUGAGUAAUCUUUUGUAAGGUAAGUUAACCCCAGUUUCUUUUAUGAAUUUUGGUGUCAGGUAUUUAACUGUAAAUAAAAGAAUGUGUUUUUGUUUCUUAAUACCAUUUUUUUUUAAUCAGUCUCUCAGCUGAGCACAUUUGACUGAUAUGUAAUUUGAAAAAAUUUAUGACUUUUUGAGGAACCUCUGGCUUCUAAACAACCUUGCGAGAUUUGGCAUCAGACUUUAGAAUCUAUUUAUUUAUCAUUUCUUUCCUUUGGUAAAAAUCUUCUUAGCCAUUUGGAGCAAUUUGUAUUUCCUUAAAGUAUUUCCACUGAUACAUUUUUUGGAAGACUUCUCUAUAUGGGAUUUUUUGGCAAAGAAUCUGCUUUUUCUUGCAAUUGUGUAUUCAGUACUUGGUUAAAUAAAAGUUUUGCUGUUACGAGUUUUAGGUACAGGUUUCUUUCUUGCGUCUCGUCUUUGUAAUUUUUUCUUUUAGGACUCAUUUUUUUGUUUCAUUUUACCUUUUUUUUCUUUUCUUUUCUUUUCUUUUGCGCUAGCUUUGUGACCUGUUGUGCUUCCUACUUGUCUCCUCACUGAAUGGUUUGCUUGACUCAACAUCUGAUUGUGGUGGUGUAUUACUUGUUAAUAACUUUUUGUCUCUAUAUAUAUUUACGAUGCUUUUUUUUUUUCGAAUCUUUUAUCUGCUUUCACUUCUCUUGCUUGGUCAUAUGUUAGCAAUUUUCUUCACUUUAUUUUCAGUUUUAUUCUUUUUAUAAUAUUCCCUAUCCUUAGCCCUUUUAAUUUCUCUCUGUUUGUCAGUCAUCCUUUUUUUUUUCUAGCAUUAAUCUUUUCUCUUUGGCACAAAUAAACCGGCAUUAUCGUUUUUAAGUUUGUUUCUUGUCUCUUUAAUUUUUCCUGCUCCGAAAGUCUCCGUAUUGCUAUGAAAAAAUCCAACAAUAAUGUUAACUUAUUGGAAAUUAUAGACACACACACACACUUAAAGUAAGUUAAUGAAAAAUGGCCAGAGAAUCCAUUUUGAAAACAAAAUCAUCAGUUUGAGAACAUGUCAUCAUGUCUAGGAACAUUCACGAAAUUAUGAUUUUAAAUAAACGUGUACGUCAUUUGAAGCACCAUCUUGGACGCAGUGUGACACGGUUAAUGAAAAAGUUUGAUGUUCCUUUGUUUUUAUUGUUUUCUUAAAGUAUUUCGUUAUAAUUUAUAACUAGAUGACUCAGUGAACUUCGUACCACCUAAAAUUAAUUUGAUUGUAACUUUUAAUGAGCAAUUAUCAAUCCUUAACUUUCCAACUAAUUCAUUGAGAUUGAGAAUAUUAGCUGCAUCAUGUACGAAUUGGGUUUUGUUUGGUUAUUAAAUGAAACUUAUUUGUAAUUUAAAUGAAUUCAAUGUAUUUUAUUUACAUGAAAGAUAAAUGCAGUUAACAUUCAGUGCAAAGCUUUCUGGUAAACUACAUUUUUCGUUUUGUUUUUCGGCACAUAAAUAAACAAAGAUAAUGGCUUUCCGACACACGAACACGCGACAUUUAGUUGUCCAUGCGCCGAAACACGGAAACUCAAAAUAAAUUCCGCAAACUUCCAACGACUGGCUUUGUGAUUUGUUCAUGGUCAACGCAAAGGCCAGACGCACAGGGAAUUGCAGCCAUUUAAAAUUGAAUGGCAAGUCCGUUGGAAUCAUUGGGAUGCACGGAAUCGAAAUAUCCUCUCCUUAGUACUUUUCCUUGAUAAUCGUCGCCUCAAAGGCGUUCUUCAUAAGCUUUUUCACAGCCAGUCUAGUUCCAUUGCAUUGUAGAUGUUGAUUGAUGUUACGCAACAUGAUGACUGAGCCAACUUUCAAUUCCAAAUUGUGAGGUGGUAAUCCAGGCAAUUCCAGUGAAUUUAAAAAUUCUGUGGGAAAGAUGACUACCUCAUCCUGGUUGAUAACUGUGUUAACCGAUUUGAAAGAAAAUGACUCUCAGAAUGAAAUUUUUAAUGGGCGCAUUGAGAUCAUCGACAUCUUUAUUUUUUGCCGCCAAUAUGGCUCGUUCGCUCAGCCAAUUAUAGUUUUUCAAGUUCUGCGCUACAUUUGGAAAAACAUGCAGAAUGAGUUCCUCCUUCGAUUCGGUCAACUGACAGAAAUCAGUGUGCAAUGUGAUGAAUCUGGCCCAGAUGUCAACUGUGAUUUUCCCAUCACCAAUGUCCAACAAUUGCUUUAAAAACACAAAUGCAUUUCAAUCUUGUUGCAGAAACACUCGCAUGUCGGUUGUCAAUUGGAAUGUCUACAUGCCGCCACAAAUUUUAUGAUUUUAAGCUUGCAUUUAGUUCGUCAGCUACAGUUGAUAGUGGAAUAACUGGAAGAGUCUGACGAAAAAAACCUGGCAACAGAAUCAUGGCUCCACCAAAAAUGUUUUCAUUGUCAUGAAGAUCUUUCAACGUUCUGUCCAGCGUUAUGUCUAAGCGUGCAAAAUCAAUCUACCUUAAUAAAAUGGCUGAUUAAAAAAAAAUGUUCGCAAAAUGUUAUUAAAUUUAAUUCAACCAAGUCUAAUCUCAAAAUCCACUACCUUUCUUUAACGAAAAAACGAUUUUAAAUGUAAUAGAUUUCACACAACCGCACAAAAUGAAAAACACAUAGAGGAAAACAGUAAUGCAUGGCGCAGCUGUCAAACGAAAGGUCCCCCAUGUACGCCAUCCAUGGAAUGUUAUCGGAGGUGGCAAUUCCCAUACAAAAUUACCAAUUUUGAUUUUUUCAUUACUUCAGAUGUUUCUUUGGGUUUUUCCUAAACCACCCCAGUAUUGAGGCAAAAAAAAUAAUUAUUAUUCAAACCGGUUGAGCCAUUUUCGAGUUUUUGCGAGACUAAAGCACUCCCAUUGAUUUUAUAGAGACUAACUAAUACCCGGUAUGUGUAACUCUUUUUUUUCUUUCAAAUUUUUGAAAGUAGGUAUACAUAAACUGUGUGUGUGUGUGUUUCCCGCUCUAUCUCUAUACCUCUCUGUAACUCUAUAUCUCUAUCUAACUCUUAUCUGUGUAGCUCUCUCUAUACCUAACUCUACUCUAUAUAUCCCUCUCCCUUCCUCACCGCUUCUCCCGCCCUCUAUUCCACCCUCUCCCACCAUUAUUAUUCGGACUAUAGCAAAGAGGAAAUACUAUAAAAUACAAGUAACUAUCCAUACGACUCGCGUGCCACCUUAAAUUCUGCUUUAAGGGUUGGUGUUAUCAAAAUCUCACCUAACAGUGAGUUUCCUCGUGUUUCAAAGGUCAAGUGUGCAAAAAUUCAUCGAGAUGAUCAGUGGUUUAGGAACGUAUAGAGGACAAACAUAGAAACAUUCAAAAGUAAUUUGAAGUGGCAAUUCCCAUACAAUAUUACCAAAUUCUAUUUUUUAUUUUUUUUUAUUUUUCAGGUGUUCCUUUGGGUUUUCCGUAAAUUUUUUCCCCCCUAACUGUCCCUUUAAUGAGGUGAACAAAACAAAACAAAAAAUCAUUCAAAUCGGUCUAGCCGUUUUCUAGUUUAAGCGAGACUAAUGCACAGCAAUUGAUUUUUAUUUAUUUAUUUAUUUAUUUAUAUAUAUAUACACAUAUAUAUACAUAUAUAAUAAACACAUUCCUGAAUUUAUGAACGAUUAAUGUACACUCUAUGAAUAAUAAAUUGAAAGGUACUUACCAAUUAAUUAUAAUUUAAUCAGCGAGAAACACACACACAGCCGGUUAUGUUAUUGUUUUCUCCCACUACUGGAGUCGGUCACCUUGUGGGUGUGUUCACUUUAAAUUAUUUUCGGUCAAUUACAGCUGUGUUCUCGAAAAAGAUGCAAGCAUUUCCGUACAAAAUAUUUUAGCGAAUUUCUAUUUUAAAUUAGAAUAUUUUUUAUAUAAUACUUGCAAAAGCUAUUAUUUUAGACGUAUUCUGGAUACUAGUAAUAGAAACAGUUAAAUAUAUUAAUAUUAAUUUAGAUGACCACAUGAAGAUAGUUUUUAAAAUCAUACAUUAGGAUGUGUUCUCGUAAUGACUUUCCAUGUAAAUAUAUUAAAAUCAUUGAAAAUAUUAUUUAAUUUUGAAGUAUAUUGUAUGAUAUACAGAUAAAUUGAAUUAAUUUCUUGGCUAAGCAAAUUUACCACCUUGGUAAAUUUGAGCCAUUUAAGGAUUUACUUUGUUUGUACUUUAAACUUGUGACCGUUAGCUUUCUAGACUUCAUCUAGUGGUUCAUAUGUAAAUGCUGCAUAUCUAAUACCCAAAAACAAACAUGUGGUAGCCAUUGGCUUACAAAUGGAAAUGUUUCAUUGAUCAUUUCUAAGUUAAUUUAGGACUAAUUUUUAACAGUUUUGAAUCUUAAAUGUGGAAAUGUUGUUGAUUGUUUGUUUUACUAUCUAGUUUUACUAACUGUUAAGGUCCACUUCUCAAAACUAAUUGUUCUUUUAAAAAAAUUUGUACAGUCAUUUCAUGUUCAGUUGACAUGAAUAUAUUAUUGACUGGCUGCAUUUUUUUUAAAUUAAUGAAGCAGUAAUAUUUUUUAUUCAUUAGGGUAGUUAUUGUCAAAAAUAUAUCUGAGAAAUGGACACAAGUACUAUGUAUUAUAAAAGUGAACAAAGAAAUGGUAGCAAUAUGGCGAAAUGUUUAUCAGGUAAUACAAUUUUAACAUUAGUUAGGCUGGCUUGUUUUAUUUUUAAAUGAUGGCAGAUACGAGCAAAGAUAUCUUGGAAAAAGAGUAUGGCAAGACACAAUGCUCUACAUUCAUUGGGUGAUUUGUUUUUGUAUUCUAUGAAAAAUGUGACCAAUAAUUAGAAUUUUUUUAACCCAUGAGGAUGUAUUUACUUGUUAAAAUUGAUUAUAUUUUCAAGUACAGUUAUAAGUAUGUACUAAUUAAUGAAAAAAUGAGUGUAAAAUCACGGUAGUGGACUGCCUUUUCUUGUGUCAACUAUUGGGACUGUGUAAUAAACACUAGUAUGUGCAUCAUCAUGUGAUGAAGCUUGCUUCAGUGUACCUCUAGAAACUUUUUUAACCUUGGUUUUUUGAAAGUUGGGUGUGCUGUAAGCCUUUGCUAGAGACUGGAAAUAUUAUGAAUUUUUUUCCCUAAAAACGUAGUAAUCUACUAUCAAAAAAUUAUUGUUUUCAUCCUGCUUAAAAAAAUUGUUAAUACCUGUCUAGAUUAAAAAUUCUAAUACUUAUUUUACUAAAUAAAAAUAGCAAUUUAAUAUACUAGCAAAAAUUAUAGUAAUUCACACUGGAUAAAUUAGUUUGGAAUUAUAUUUUAAAUUAUCUCAGAUGCAUCAAGAGACGUGGCAGUAUAACGAAGCAUGGUCACGUAAACUAGGGAGAGAACAAUGACCAAUCCUACAUGGGUCAAGGUAACAUUUGAAGGAACGCCUAUUACGUGCAGUAUUGCUGUGGUUUAUUUACCACUAGCGUUAAAGCAAAAUGCAAUAUAAUACAACCUCUUUGGUUUUCAUAUUAUUAGCCAUCCACACAAGAGAAAAUCUACAGCAAAAAUGGUAGACAUGUUGUGUUUGUGUAUUAAACUGAAGUGCUGAGAAGUCUUAAAUGAAUAUGUUAAAAAUAUUUCAUUAAACAUGCACAUGUGUCCCAGAAAAACUGCAAAAUACAAAUAUAGAAUGAAUCAGGUCAUUGAAAUCUACAAGACUGGUUUUUCUUCUACUUCUUCUAAAUGUGAAACAAUAUCUACCUGUCAAAUUUGUAGCAGUUGUGUAGCAUUUUAAAUUAUAAAGUAUAUUUGAUCAAUGAAAAACAUUUUUAACAAAUAUAGUGGAGGGAGGAGGAAAGGCCUUCCUUUCAAAAUUUAGCUGGGGAAAAAAAUAAAAUUCAAGAGUACCUAAAUAAAAAAAAUAGCAUCGAUAGCAACUAAUUAAUCCUGCCCCUAGUCACUGCAUGCAUCUCUAUCUUAGCAAAAUGUAUAGAUGCACCACUAGCAUUUGUGCACACAUUGGUUCUGAUGUCAGAAAUGAGCUAUAUAAACAUUCACUUUUUUAGUGUAAAUUAUCUUUUAUUUAACAGUUAGCAUUGUAUUUACUCCAUUUGUGAAGAAAAAAAACACCAUUUUAAUAAGAUAUUUAUUUCAGCUAUAAAUAAUUUUUUAUCCCUAAUGGAAGAAAUUUGUUUGUAGAAUUCUUAGCUUUACUUAUUGAAAGUCCUUUCAAAGUGUACAUAUUGUAUUCAUUAACAUUGCUGUGAUAUAGUGACUAUGAUUUUAGUGCUUUGUAUCAAAAAAUACAUACUAUACUGUCCAAAAAAAUUGCACAAUUUGAAAAAAGUAAUAGUUUGUAACUACGGUAGAACUUGGUUAGUCAGCCCACAUUAACUUGGAUCUCCAGGUAACCAGUUCCAAUUUAGAGUAACCAAAAAAAAAUUAAAAAUGCCUUUCAUAAUAAUCAGAGAGAGAGCUAGAACAUUAAUCAGGCCUGUGAGAAUAUUUAAAUUUACAAAUAUCAAAAUGAAUAGUUUAUUAUUCAUAUUCAAUUUGAUUUUGAAUACUAACACUUUGAAAUAAUGAAUAUUGUGGGGUGUAAAAAAUUACCCCGUGCGGGGGCAAACAGCCCACGUCCAUCUCUACCUGCACUGCCAGUUACAAGCAUUGUUUUUCAACACCGCUAACCUUGACUUCGCCAAGGCUACUUGCGUAAACGCGGUAGAGACGCAAAACUAAAUUACAAGUUUGAUGGGAUGUGCAGUAGGUUAUUGCAGCGUUCGAACCAAUUACAUUAUAUGCAAACAUUUAAAUUUAUUCCCGAUAAAUUAGAAUACAUGAACUACAGACAAAUGGAAUAAAAUAUAUAAAAAACGACAUAAAAUUUACAAAUGCUAUACGUGACGCCUGGCCGUAGCGAUCACGUUACCUGCGGCACAAAAACCUUGCCAUCACAUAAGUCUAAGUCUGUCCUCCAUCGCCGCGCGAGGGAGGGGGGGAAGGGAGAGUCCACACGAAAUCUUGGCUACCGUCCCAAAAACAACCUCUUCUUUCACCAUUAAUAAAUUAAAGUUUUACUUACAUUGGUGAUCGCCGUGCCGUAGAAAUUUACCAAACUGUAGCGCCUUGGGUACCCGGGCUGUAGACUGGGCGUAGACGACCAUGUUGCGCAGUCAAAUGGCGCCGGUCAACGCACUUCGGGACGUGGUGGAUUAACACUCGCGACUUGCGAAAAAGUUUAAAAUCGUUGAUGCGAAAUACGUUGCUGUACAUUACAGGUUAUCCAAAAUAUAAUGCAGCUGAUGCGGGCCGCGGCGACGAUAACUCCGCGUAGCAGUGUCCAUGGUUAACCGUUCAUACCGAAGUGUGGGUGGUGUCCCAACUCCCUUGCACGGAGUUACCCUGGGAUCCCAUAUUCACAACUGACCCGCCGUCGGUCAACGCCCGCAAGCUUCCCUCGACUAGACUGCCCACAGUCCAAACUGUCCGCUCGCCGCAUAGGUCACACUCCCGUGACGUCAUCCACCUCCCACCGCUAAUUUCCCCCUCUCUCAUGCAUGGACAAGUCCAUUCAGCAGGGGUCAAUGGCCGCACGGUAAACCAAACUACUUGAUUAAAUAUUAACUAAAACUAGUAAAGACUUAUAUAAAAAUAAAUAUAAAAACAUUACUUAAAAAAUUACGUUAAAAUUAUAAUUAAACAUAAUAAACACUAAACAUAAUCACAUGAGACACCUGAAGUGUCUCAAUAUUCAGUCAUUUACGAAUACGGCUGUGCAAAGUCUCAAAAGCAUGGAAAAAUUUUGGGAUCAUGGAUGAUUUUCUCUUCUGGUGGGAGCAAAAUUUCCACAGGAUGUAAGUAAUAUUUUAGUGUUAUUUAUGUGGAGUUUUUUGCUACAUCUAGCCACAUAAAUUUUGAGAAUACUAAUAUAGUAAAGCUGGAUUUAAGACAUUGAUUAUGAACCAUUACUAACACUCAUGUUAUCAGCUAAAGUAUUUUACAGAAAGAGAGAUUAGCAGGUCAUUAAAAAUAGAUUAAAACUGACAGCAUACUGUUUAGGAUAAAUACGUGUCCGUAAAAAUCAAAAACUGCCCGGUGUUAAAGUUGACAGUUUUCAGAUCAGAGGGUAGAAACACGGCAUGCCAGCUCUGUGAUUAGUUUCGUUCAGAAUGGGGUGAUGAAGAGAAACUUGUCUAAAUCUCGUGGAAAACAUCUGGUCGUAUAUUCACAGCAAAGACUCCUAAUGCGUAACAACCUACGUUUUUUUUUUUCUGGUGGAUAAUACACAGUGAACAACAAUGACCAAAAUACAGGCGCGCGCACGCGCGCGCACACACACACACACACACACACACACACACACACACACACUCUCUCUCUUCACCCCCUUCCCAGCGCAGUCACAGCUCAAUCAAUUAUCUUCACCCGCUAGUGGUCCAAAAAAAGAUAUCAUACUAAGAGGGAGGAAAAAAUCUUCACCUCUUUUACCAAGCACAUGUACACUGGACAGAAAAAGAGAGGAACAUUUUAAACAGCUUCUGUAUUCCUACACUUUAUUUUAAAAAAACCAAAAAAUAUAAUUCAUAAAUGUUAAUAUAUGUUAGUAUAAAUAAUGAUUUAUUUUCACUUAGUGAAAAAUACAAACUAACAAGUUUAUUUUUUUUAUUUUUUUUUAGGCCUUUUAACUAUAGAUUAAAACUUUUCACUGCACAUUCUUUUUAAAUUCACCCUCUUGUUGUUUUUUCUCACAUAUUGCAAUUGCUUUACGUAUUUUAUUCGCACUGUUUAUUGGGGGGGGGGGGGGGGGGGGAUAGAGAGGUUCAAAUCCUAAGUUGAUUACCAUGAAAAAUAAUUAUAUUUUCUUUCAAAAUUUGAAAUUUUCAACAUUUUACCUAUAGUAAUUGUACGUAACUUAACCUAACCAACCUUUACUAUAGUAUUUAUCUAAUUUCCCAGAAGCCACUACACUACAUAUUUACUUUUUCUUUCAAUGUGUGGAAAAAAAAUUGUUAGUGGGAUUCUAAUUCUGAAUAUUUGAAUUUUGUAUUUGAGAAUAAUUUGAUAUUCGUAUUCAUAUUUGAUUCAAACUAAAGAAAAACUGAUAUUCGCACUGGCUUAACAUACAAGUAAACAUAUUUUUAGAAUAUAGUAACUGAUUUAGUGUGAGAAUAAUAGUUUAAAUGUUUAAGGUCUUAAUUUAUGCACUCAAUCAUAAGUGUACUGUACAGCGAGCACAUGUUUGUCGUGACUAUUAUUACGUGAAAUCAUUCAUUUAAACUUUAUAGAUAGUCAAUAUGCUCAAGUAUGUGUAUAUGCAGUAUGUAUCUGGUUAGUACUAUGGGUUUUUAUUAUAUGGUAUUGGCUCUGUCCCAAUUGUUGAGACUUUAUGAGGUUGUAAUGUCGAAUGAUUUUCCAAACAUUAACAUCUUUACUUUCUGUGCACCUGUGUGUAAGGGAAACCAAAUUGUUGCAUAUAUUUUUUUUUUCUUGUGAAGAAUGGAUUUUGUAGGCCUGUGUAAAUCUUCAAAGUUUUAAAUACAAAUAUUUUAUUAUUUGUAUUUGAUGAGACUUUUAAUGCUAGCAUUUUGAGAUAAUGAAUAUUCAAUUGUUACAGGAAAUCUUACUUUUUGGUGAAUAAUGAUAAAACUGAAGGGAAAAAAACUGCAAAAUUUAAGUCAAUUAGCCACUAAACACAGAAAUGUGAACAAAAACAAACACAAAAGCAGCAAAAUUCCCCUCUGUUAAUUUAUUUUGUCUUUAAAUAUAUAAUUCAGUUAAUAAAUUGGUAGUUUAGGCUUUUAUUUAAAAACCUAAAAUAUUAUGUACAAAUUAAAAUAAUUUAUUUUGUUUAUGUAAGGUUUUUUUUUUUUUUCAAAGUAAAGUAAAUAAAAGCAGUCUAUAGCUGAUACCAUACAGUCAUGGCUGAAGGCCUAAAGAUCAACAUUAAAGGAAAUGUGAUAAUGAUUUUUGAUUUUUAGUAUUUUAUAUUGAUGUUUUGAUUCACAUAUUAUUUAAAUAAUGAGAUAGUGACAUAAACUGUAUAAUUUCAAUUUUCUUUAAUAUAUUGGCACCAGAAAUAAACUUAAACUACUAUAAAAAAUUAUUUAAACCAUAAUUUAACUUUCAUUGGGCUGUACUAUGGUUCUUUAUCAGACUGGUUUACAGGAAUAUUAAUUUCUGGUUGGGACAAUUUAGUGAUGUAAAUUGUUUUGUUAUUUUGUUUAAUAAAGUGUUCAUGAGAGACAAAAUGCUAAUUACUUUGUAAACAUAUGUAUCUCAAAAUUGUUAUAUGAUUACUCUUAUAGAAUUCAAAAAUUAUGAUUGACUUUACAUGAAUUCCGUGGAAUUGUCAAAGUUAACGCAUACAUGAACUGGGUUUGCCAAGGUGCUAAAAUAACUGUCAAAAUUAAAUGCAAGUUAUUUUAAUAUGUUAAAUGACCUUGCAGAAUAAGCGAGUUGACACACAAUAAUAUCAAUCCAAGAACAGAUUGAACUUUAACUACACUUAUUUUAAAUGACACAUUGCAAAAUACCUGGUCAAAGUACAAAUCAUAAUUUUCACAAUUGAUAUCAUUAGUCAAUUUGGGUUUAGUUUCAAUAAGAGCAAUCUAAGGUGACCUAUCAACUAAGACUUAACUGAAUUGGACCAUGUUAUAAAGUUUGCUAUGAAAUAGCCAAGGUUCUAAAGUCAUCUGUAUUUAAUGCAAAAGGAAAUAUGUACAAUGAAAUUAAUAUUGACUCUAAUGGUAUUGGAAUCUAUUCAACUUUACUGAGAACUCUCUUACUACAGGGACAACCUCUGGAUUUUUAGUUUUGCAGUGUAAUAUAUACAGAACUGCUAAAUUCUCAAGAAAUAUGCAAAGGGAACAAUUAAUUUUGUAUUGUGUGGACUUUACCAAUAUUCAGAACGACACUUUCAAAUCAACAAUAAGCAUAGACGCAUUCGAAAAACAUUUCACAGUUUUUACAAUACCUGGAAUAUUAUAACCACAUACUUUUGGCUUCAGUUCUCGACAAAACUCCCAAACAUAAUAUGGUUCUCGUUAUCCGGUCGAUGGUGACUGCCUUCUUCCCCGAUCAGUCGCUGGUCUUGAACUGAAGACUGGAGACUCGAAUUUGGAUUCUCUUUUUGUGGAGUCGCGAUGACUGUCCAAGUAGAAGACUGUAUAAAGUCUCUUGUGCAGGAUGACCAUCACCCUAGUUCUGGCACUCCUGGCAGCUGUAGUGGGUCACAAUAUCCACCCGGUGACCACUUGAACCUCUUCUGUCUUGAUGGUGUUCAGUCCUUUAUGCUCGUCAAUAUCGCCGUUGUCUAUAGAGUUUAUUUGGUGAUAACUACUCUUCUGUAAUUUUCAAGUCGUGAUGAAUGUCGUCUCUUCUAUGUAAGUCCUUGACACCAUCGUAAAAAGGCCUCUUCACUUAGCUUAGCCUCCAAAGACAACUCAAAUCUUGGUUAUUUCACUUGGAAAUAGCUCACAAACUCUUACUCAGCGACAUCACUGUUUCUGGUACUCCCCACUGAUGUACAUUCAAAACAAACAUUGGCCAUUUUUAACUUAUUUUGGCCUGACAUUAACUUCUAUACAUGCAAUAUCACAUCCAUCCUUGACUCAGAUUGGAAUCUUACUUUAAAAAAAGUUCUGAACAUUUGGAUUAGGGAUUUAUAUUACAUUCUUGACUUAUCCUGACCAAUCAAAACUGUCCUUCCAAAAUCGUACUGACCUUGGGAUUUUGCUAAUGUGAGUUAUUUUUUAAACAAACACCCAUGUUACUUAACUGAACUAAUAGCUACAUCUAAUUUAGGGUUUAUAAGGAAUUCUUAUUAUAAAAUACUUCAAUAUACGACUAAAAUUCACUAAUUUAAAAAUUCCAAAGACAUUGAAACUAAAAUUAAUGAAAUAAAUAUUUAUAAAAUUAAUGCACACAUGCAAAACUCAGAAUUGCAAAGAGUAAUUUAAAAUAAAACAUUAAAAUAUUAAGUUAACAAUUUUGUUAGAUUGUAUAAUUUAAAGAAGAAUACUCCUUAUACCACCCAAUCAAAUAAAUAUUUUUAGUAGUUCCAAUAUUAUAUUUAAGUAAUUUGAUAUAUUAAUCAAUAAUUCAAAAAUAAAAAUUACUACAAAACUUGUCAAAAGAUAAAACAAAAAAAUAUUGGGACAUAGCAAAUUUUAAAAAUGUUUGACUGUACUUUUUUUUAUAUAUGUAGUUUGCUCAUUAACAAAGGAACUUUGCAGAAAAAUGUUUAAUGUUUUAAUUGCUGGUUUUUAUCAAUAUAUGUAGCAUUGUUGUGUGUAAUAUAUUUUAAGUGUUUCAGCAUGAAUUGUUGAUGCAGAUGACCGAUGUUAUUGUGCUUUAUAUGCACUAUUAUUUCAUGUGUUUUAAUUUUUAAUGACAAUGACAAAAUCCACUAUUUUUAAAGUUAAGAUUUUAAGUUAUUUCACUACAGUCCGCGAAAAAGUAGCAUUAAAACUCGUGGGCAUUUGAAAACAAAGAUUAUUUUUAGGAAUCUGCUAAGAACAUUUUUUCAAUUCAAAUUGAAGACUGAGUUAAAGAUAUUUCAAAUAUUUUGCUACAUAUAGGAAAAUCCAUUGAAACAACUUUGAGUGCCUGAGUAAAAUGUUUUAUCAAUACAUGUUGCAUAUCACACACUGAAUAAGAACAAUGAAGGAAAGGUUAACAAGUUACCAAUCUGCCUCUGCUUGUAAAUAGGAAGCUAAAAUUGUAAAAGCAAACUUACUCGCGUAAUAGCAAGACCAGGGCGACCGCCGGCAGGAUGAUCAGGGAACCUUGAACUAGCGGGGAAUUUUUUCAUGCCGGGAAAACUGUGAGAAACAGGUGAAUUUUUGAAAGCUAUCGGGAAUUAUUUGUUUGUCUAGAAAGUUGAAAUCAGCUUUGUUGAAAAACUGCUUAUCUUGCGUACAAACUGUCACUUACGCCAUUUUUUAUUGUUGUAGACAUUAAAAAUUAAGUUCCCCCCCCCCCCCCCCCCUCCCUCCUCCUGGAGGUGAAGUUGAAGAAAAUUAGUCUUCAUUUCAACUUUGAUUUCCAAAACUUUGUGCACUCUAAUUAUUUUUAAUAUUUAAACUUCAACCUCUCACAUAUCCAUAGUGAGAAAAAUAAAUAUCUACGUCCAUGUACUACAACCUGAAGGCUUCCAUGAGCUUCAUAGGAAAGUGUCAGCAGGUGAAGUAAUUUCACGAGAACCUUCAACCACGUAUAACACAAUCCUUAAAAAAUAAUAUAAUACUAUGAGCUGAGUAAACAGUGUUCAAAAGUGUGAUCCAAUUAAUAAUAGCCAAGGAUAGUCAAAAUGCAAAUUUUAAAUCAGCAAGUAUUUAAAUGAACACAUUUUGUUUUAAUCGUGGGCAAAAGCCUCAUGUUAGAUCCUCAUACAAUUACACAAACCUUUUACAUUGAAAUUAAUGCAGAUAAAUCACCAAAGGGAUACAGAGACAAUUAUAUAAAAUUAAGUAAGUAUCCCAUAGAACAAGAGCACUAGUACAAUUGUUACAGCGUGUGACCAUUAAUGUGAAAGCAAAAUACGUGAACGUAUUUUCAAUACGACAAAUACAAUAUUGACAUAGCGAUAUAAACUGGAUAGUAAAGAAUAAUCUCUCGUUAAAUUAACGUCAAGUGCAAAAGAGAGACAACCCUCAAUCAUCGCAGCGACCGAGAAUUACGUUAAUACAGACAAAUGCCUCACUAGACAUUACAAGACCCGUAAAUGUUAACGCGGGCGUCCGCGGCCUAACCUACACUAGGCAAAAUGCAACUAGAUUCAAAUGCAUAAGAUAUCAAAAGAAAACCAACAAUAUGUAACAAUUUAACACUACGUGAUUACAUACAUUACGCAAAAGCGAACUGACAAUUUGCACACAAAUUGCCCUAAACACAAGUAACGACAUGACGGGAUGAAACGUCAGACAAAACACGAGUAGCAAUGCAAACUAUUAACAAAAAAACGUAAAGAGAAAUAAUGCCAAAAGUAAUUUCAAAGGUGACGGCCGAAUAAACAAUUUAGAAUACCUUAGAGUUUAGCUGUUACAAGUUACAUGAAUGUAAGGGUCACCACCUUACAAGCACUUACAUGAAGUCUCCCCGCUGUCACACUCACUACAUUUAACUAACUGACCUACAUACUGAAUUCAGUAAAUACCAGCACCGACUGGCUAUAACAACUUAUCUACAUGAUUUGCGAACCAACAAGAGCCAUCAUGGCAAUACACACAGUUUUAAGUAAAACAGAAGUCGUAACGCGCAUGUGCGGACACCUCAGGAGGGGAAGUCAAGAACAGCACUAGAUGCAGGGAGGGGGAAAAGGAGGAAGGGAAGGAGCGCCAUUGCCCACUGCGCGGCGCGAAGUUCAAACCCAAAACACAGACACUCCUUUGUGAUGGUUAUUAAAGUGUAUUGGUUGCAACAAUAUGCAAAUACGUGGAAUUUCAGUUAUUCCUAUUCUUACUAUUCGAAUGUGAUAUUUGUGUUCAAGAAUCAUUUGCUAUUCACAUUUGACUGGAAAUAAAAAAUACUGAUAGGAUUUUUGUGUUAGUAAUUAAUAUUUAAAUUAAUUAGUUUCAUACUUUCAUUUACCAAUUACUUGUAAAAAAAUGUGAUCCAGAAACCAUGUUCCAAGUUAGGAUACACAAGUACCCACCUAAAGGAAUUUUACCUUUAACAUUAAUAAGUAUAAAUCAAGGAAAUGACAAGCCUACUAAACUUUUUACAGUUCAAGUAGAGGUAAAUAUUCAACAACAACAAAAUUCUGAAAAUAUCUUAAAUUUCUUCUGAUGCCAUUGACUCAGUCUUUAAUGUGAUAGAUGAAUUAAUUGUUGAGAAGUGUGUUCUUUCAAAUUGGUGUUUGACAGUAUUGUUCAGUAUUAUGUUCUCAUAUGUUUACCAAAAUUUCUUUUAUUUUGAAGCUAAUAAUUGAUAAUGUUUGUCAGUUACUUGCAAUACCUGGUUGCCCAAGUGAUUUUUGCUUACAGUUUGUGCAAAAAAAAAAUGGCCACAUUAAAAUUAUGGUUGUAGUUUUAGUAAAAUUAACUAUUUUAAUUUUGACCCCAAAAAUGUGAUUUGUAUCUCUUUUGUUAUAAAUAACCAAUACUUUUUCAGCUCCUCUGUUAUGUGUGCAGAGUCAUCAGUAUCAUUAUUAUUUAGCAUGAAGUGUUGGUUCCUGUAAAAGUUCACCUAGAUUAUUAUGAGCUGCAAACUAAUCUGCUUUUUACCUUCCACCAUUUAUGUGUAUGGCUCAGCAAGAAUUAGUUUUCACACUAUGAUAUAUAGCUUUUUAAUGGUAUUAUGGUAGGUAUUAUAAGCAAUUAAGUUACUUUACUUUUUCACUUUAAAGUAUAUUUUUACAGACCCCCUACAAGAUGUUUUCCACUUAGUAACAGUUCAGUGUAAAUUACUUUUUUGAUUAAAAACCAAAACUGUAGUUUUUUUAUCAAGAGCCCAGUUUAUUGUAUCAAGCAAAUGCCAUUUUCUCCUCCCAUCUCAAAUAAUUGCUAGUACUUCCACACUUUCUCUGCUGCAUCCGUCUUAUUGUGGCUUCUAUUACUGCACUGUUGUGACUGCUAGCAUCUCUUUUCUUAUUUCAAGUCUCUGAAACUGUUUUUGUUUUCAUUUUCUUUAGACAUCCAGUUAAUGUUCUUUUAAGGACAAAUAGUUUUUUUUUUAUCUUAAUGACUUCCUCACUGGAAAAAAUAAUUCUAGUGUUCAUUAGAGUAUAAGGUUUCUACCAUAAAAUAGUUCCAAAAUAAACAGUAAUGGUGCCGACAGUUAUUAAAACUUAAUUCCUAGCAGUCUUUUGUUAGCUUGCAUUUUGUUUUUUGAUCCCUUUUAAUGUUGUUGAAAAUAAUUAAAUCAACGAGAAUAUGUGAACUCAGAAGGUUGUAGUAUUGUUUUUUUUUGUAUAUGGUAUUUUUUUUUGGUAGUGUUUACUGUUGUCAAGGCUGUAUCUGUGAGUAAUCUAAAAUGAAUUUACAUAUUGUCUUUUGUGGUAAAUCUGGUUGAGAAUAAAAAGGAAGUGGGCUAAAAGUGUUUAUUUACAACAGGUUAUGGGCCCAGAACACAAAUUAAAAAAAAAUUGUUUUAGUUUGUGCACGCAAGAUAAACGGUAGUGUUGUUGCAAACAAGAUGGAAGCUAACGUGAUCAAGCUAAGCUCUGAAAGUAAUUGGAAAACUUGGAAAUUCCAGAUUGCUGUUACAUUGCGUGCAAAAGGUGUUUAUGACGUAGUAACUGGGACAUGCGUAAAACCUGAGCCAGGAAGUGAAAAUUAUGAACAAACAUUGCAAGGAUGGCAAAAGAAGGACUUUCUAGCUCAAGAUAUAAUCGUUACACGAUUGAAUGAAGGACCUAUGGCGCAUGUCUUGACAUGUGAAAAUGCAGAAGAAAUUUGGAAGAAGUUGUUAACUGUGUUUGAAAAAAAUUCCGAACUUUCUGUACACCUGCUGCAACAGAAAUUCUUUAAUUAACAGUGUGUACCGGGUGAAAGUAUGUCUGAAUUUCUGUCCAGAAUCGAAGAGACUGUUAGUAGUUUAAAACAACUUUGCGAAAAACUGUCUGAUAAUAUGGUAGUAACCAAAAUUCUUAUUGCCUUGCCAUCAACAUAUGCUCACUUCGUCAGUGCCUGGGAUUCUGUUUCAGUUGAGGGGCGAACUCUGGGAAAUUUGACUGCUAGACUGCUAAUGGAAGAGGAGAGAACCUACUCAUCGAGAGAAGAUGACUCUACAGCUUUUGCUGCUGCGAGAAAAGGCGAUCGAAGUGUCUUGAAUGCGGAAAAAUGGGCACCUUAGAGCCCAAUGUUUCAGAUUGAGUACAGUGAAAAAUCCAAUUCGCUGCCAUUUUUGUAAUAAAAUUGGGCACAUUAAAAGAAAUUGUUAUCAUUUCAAAAGGGAGAUGCAAAAAUCUGAAGACCAUAAUGCUAACAGAAACGAAGAAGCAUUCACUGUGUUUACAUCAGCUCUGACCUGUGACACAUGUGAUGACAAUACUUGGUUUUUAGACACUGGAGCUUCAGAACAUCUGUGCUGUAGAAGGGAACUGCUCACAUCAUAUAGGGUCUUGAAGAAAGACAGGCUUGUAAAAUUUGGAGACGGAAGAGUUUUGAAAGCUGAAGGUAUUGGUAAUGUCAAGUUGUUGUCAGAUACCUGUGAGAGUACCUCAAAAAUCAUAUUGCAGAAUGUGUUGUUCGUUCCAGAUAUGAAGAUAAACCUGUUUUCAGUAGGAUCUGCACUGGACAAGGGUUAUACUAUGAUUUCGAACAAUCACAUGUCAAAAAUCUUAAACAGUCAAGGCAAAAUAUCGGCGCUGGCGGAACGUGCAGGAAACCUUUAUAAAAUGAGAUUUAAACCACAUCAAUCUACUUUUGCCUUCGUAGGUGAGAAGCAAACCCUAAAUUGCUGGCACGAAAAAAUGGCUCAUCAAAAUAAACAACAGGUAAAAGAGGUGUUAAAGUCGUAUGGCCAAGAGAUUACAGAUGAACUUGAUGUGGUAUGUGAACCUUGCAUUUUAGGUAAACAGACAAGAAGCUCCUUCAAAGACAGCAACACAACAACUUCAAAAACCGGGGAAAUAAUACACGCAGAUGUGUGUGGUCCCAUGGAAACUCAGUCCAUAGGUGGAUCUAAAUAUUUCUUGCUUCUAAAGGAUGAUUAUUCACAUUUCCGGUUUGUCUACUUCUUAAAAAGUAAGAGUGAAGUUGGAGAAAAAUUUGAAGACGUUUGCAGCCUGGUUUAGAAAUCAGAAGGGUGAGAUGUUUAAAAUCCUUCGUACAGAUUGCGGAACAGAGUUUGUUAACAAUGACGUGAAACAGCUGUUAUCCAAUUUAGGAAUUGUUCAUGAGAGAAGCGUGCCAUACUGUCCAGAACAGUCCGGAAGGAUAGAACGGGAGAUGCGCACAAUAGUUGAGUCAGCCAGGACUAUGAUGAUAGCUAAGGAAUUGGGAAAACAUCUGUGGGCAGAAGCAGUAAACUCCGCUGUCUAUGUGAUAAAUAGAACCGGUACUAGUACAGUUGCAGGCAAAACACCCUAUCAAUUGUGGUAGGGUAAGAACUAUGACAUAACAUUGUUGAAAGUUUUUGGAUCAGAAGCAUACAUCCAUGUGGCUGAUCAGACCCGUAAGAAGUGGGAUGCAAAAUCCAAGAAAGGCAUAUUUGUUGGCUAUAGCGAAACAUCAAAAGGAUUCCGUAUUUUCCUACCAAAAGAAAAUAGGGUGACAGUGAGCUGCAACGUAAAAUUCUCAAAUGUGAGAGAUUGCAGGGAGCCAUUACAAACAAGCUCUGGACCUUUGAAAAAUGGUGAAAGAGAACACUUGUUAGGAUUUCCUAAUCAUCAUGAAGAAAAGCCACAUGGUGAAAUAACCAUACCAGGUGCGCUGACACAGAAAGAUAUAGAGGAUAAUGAAAAGGAAUAUUUUCUUGGUUUUCCUAACCUUCAGGAAGAAGAAUUCCCUGAUACAGACAUACCAAGAAAGCCAACACCGGAAAAACCUAGAACUGAAAACAUUAAUUGGGAGAAGCGUGAAAGUGUUGAAGAAAGGGGUUCAUUGGAGGCCAGGUGUUUAAGAGAUAGGAACAAGUUGCGUAAACCGAAGAGAUUUGAUUAUGAUUUCAAUUUGUUGUGCAUGAGCGAACCUGAUGAUCCCAACACAUAUGAAGAAGCCAUAAACAGUGUAGAGUCAGAAAAUUGGAAAACUGCAAUGAAAACAGAGUUGGAAAAUUUAAAGGAAAACAAUACAUGGAUUGAAGUGAAAAGGCCGACAGAUGUAAAUCUUAUAGAGACAAAAUGGGUAUUUAAAUCAAAAAGGGAUGAUAGAAGCGACCCACCAACAGUGUUCAAGGCCAGACUUGUUGCUAGAGGGUUUCAGCAACAGGAAUAUUUUGAUUCAUCUGAUGUAUAUGCACCUGCGGCAAGACUUUCGACAAUGCAGGUGCUUGUAGCUAUGGCAAAUCAUAAGGGCAUGCCCAUUCAUCAAAUGGAUGUAGCAGGAGCUUUCCUUUACGGAGACAUAGAAGAAACUGUCUAUUUAUCAGUGCCCAAAGGUGUAACAGUGGAAGAAGGUAAUGUACUACAAUUAAACAAAUCCUUGUAUGGCUUAAAGAAGUCACCUAAAUACUGGAAUUCAAAGUUCAACAAAGUUAUGGAGAAGGAAGGAUUCACCAGGUCCACAAGUGACUUCUGUCUGUACUACAAGAAAGAUGAAUCAAGUGGCCUGUAUAUUCUCCUGUAUGUGGAUGACGUGUUAUUAGUGGGUACAGAUGAAAAGGGGAUAGAAGCAAUUAAAAACACAUUAUGCACAUAUUUUAAAAUGAAGGAUUUGGGGACGGUUUCAACAUACCUAGGAAUCAAGAUUGAACAUAACCUGUCGACUGGAAGAACCACGCUGAAUCAGACCUCAUACCUUACAAGUGUCUUACGUAAGUUUGGAAUGACAGAAUGUAAGCCCGUGGGAACACCUAUAGAUCCAAACCAAAAGGUCAGUCUUCAUAAUACUGAGAGAAGUGAGAGAAACGUUGAACUUAGGUGCAGGCAGCUCAUUGGUUGUAUGCAGUGUCAGGUACAAGACCAGAUAUUUGUUGGGCGGUAAGUUUUUUAAGCCGCUACCAAGAACAAGCAAAUGAAGAACUGAUGACAGCCCUGACGAGAAUGCUCCGCUAUAUUAAGGGGACAAUUAAUUUGAGUCUGACAUACAGGAAAGGACAAAGUAAAUUGCAAGGCUACGUCGAUGCAGACUGGGCAGGGGAUCUUGAAGAUCGGAAGUCAACAUCAGGAUAUGUGUUCCAGUUGGGAAAAUCCACAGUGGUGUGGUCGUCUAAGAACCAGACUUCUGUGGCUCUAUCAACGACAGAAGCUGAGUAUGUAGCUCUGAGUGCCGCAGUAGCAGAAGCAUGCUGGUUGAAGAAGCUGACCCUGUAGCUAAAUUUAUCUCAGCAGUGUGGGGAACCAACAGCUAUUUUUGAAGAUACCAAUCAGCUAUCAGAGCUGCAUCAAACAUUGAAAACAAGCGACUGAAACACUUGGAUGUUCGCCAUCACUUUGUUAAAGAGAAAGUGAAUGAUGGGACAGUAGUGUUGUGUUAUGUGUCAAGUGAAGAUCAAAUAGCUGACAUUUUCACAAAGGCUCUUAGUAAGCCUACUUUUGAGAGGCUCAGAAAACAAAUGGGACUAGAGUAGUCAUAUGUGUAACGUUUGAUGAGUUACUUGGUUGAUUUAAUUGAGGGAGGGUGUUGAAAAUAAUUAAAUCAACGAGAAUAUGUGAACUCAGAAGGUUGUAGUAUUGUUUUUUUUUUUGUAUAUGGUAUUUUUUUUUUUGGUAGUGUUUACUGUUGUCAAGGCUGUAUCUGUGAGUAAUCUAACCCUUUCCUGCCUGGUGGUACUUGUGAGUCCCACAAUGUUUGAAGCCCCAUAGAAAUAGUGUGUGCAUGUUUGAAACCACAUGCUGACUGCCGGGACCUCUGGGUCCCUGUAUAGCUCCGCUCUGCCAGUUGUCGAAGAAGUUCGAUUGACAGCCAAGAGGUUGCAGCACUAAAACGGCAGCACUGCACCAGUCUGGAACGCCCUUUUUUUGUUUGUUGAGCUGGACAUAUGAUAAAUGCCUGUCAGGACUUAAAAGUCCCAUCAUUAAAAAAAAUAUUAAAUAUAAAUAAAAAAAUUUGAAAAAAAUUAUGGCCUCCUUUUAUGCCUACUUAAAUAUAAAAAUGAAAUAAAAAUUACAAAAUUCAAUUUUUUUACAUUUCUAGGCAGGAAAGGGCUAAACUAAAAUGAAUUUACAUAUUGUCUUUUGUGGUAAAUCUGGUUGAGAAUAAAAAGGAAGUGGGCUAAAAGUGAUUAUUUACAACAAUGUAAAUAAUAGGAGACUUAACACUAUCUUCGGGAUUGUGCAAGGAAUUCUAAACCAGUUUCAAAACAAGACAAAGAGUAUAAAUGUACAUGUCAUGCCAUGAGUAACUGAGCAGUGGAAUAACCAAGUGUCAUUGGAAUGUUGCAUAACUCCAGGAGCACAAUAUUCAAAUCUUUUACCUCUUUUAACGUCUUCUUGCAAGUUUUCUGAGACAGUCUGCACAUGCCAUUCAGACAUGCUUUUAGACUGGAGAUAGUGAGAACUGUAGUUUUGGUGAAAAAAAUUCCACUCGCUAGCAAACUGGUCAAAUUGCAAGGAAUUUAGAUUACUACCACUAUCGGACAUAACUGCCGCUGAAAUUCCUAACCUAGAAAAAAAUGACUUCAAGUGCCCAAUGACACAUGCACUUGUUUCAUUUUUCAGUUUAUGGGAGCUCUACGUAUUUACAUUUAGAGUAGUAAUCCACAAGUGUGUAGAGUGCCAUGAAUUUUUAAUAAAAUUUUCUUACAGCUUCUUUUUAUAUCACAGGGUUAUGUUUAAAUACAUACUAAACUAAAAAUAAGUAAAUGUAAUAAAAAAUACACAUACUAUUUGUGGAAAAGUACAGCUUUCAAUGUUAGAAAUUUGUUUACCCAGUAUUUGUGACAAUUUUGGUUAGCUAGAUUCACUGUGGCUCAAGUUUCUCUUUUUUUUUAACUAUUUUCCCAUUUGUCUUCUCAUUUCUGCUUCUCGAUCCUCCGGCAUCCAGCACUUUACUAGCGUACAUUUAGGUCUACCACUAUCCAAGUGUCAUGGCAAAACUCUGUCUUCCUUGCUUUCUUUCCAUCAAUUAUGAUGUGUUGUGUACUUUUUCUGUCAAUAUCCUCAGGUUCAUAACUCCAGUUCAGUCUGUUUCCACAUCAAACAUGUCUUGCUCGUGGGACGGGGUUGUGGGUUUGACCUGAAGCCCUGGCCAACUCAAAUUUAUGAGCACGCCAUACUCUUGGAGGUCCACUGUUAGACAUGACUUGUAAAACACUUUGUUGUUCACCUUUUGUUAUUCCUAUCAAUGCUUAUAUUGUACUGGCUAGCUCCGUAGCUAGAGCCUGUGAACAACUGUUCUCGAGGGCUUCAAACCACUACGGCCAUCCAAACUAUCCUUGCUGCGGCUGUCUUAAGCAACACGGAUAGGUAGCACUUCUGGGAGGAAACUCUACAUGAUCACAAUUUAACUCUUCUCACCUUACAAACUUGUACCAACUUCUGUUGUUUUGGACUCUUAGCACAUUUCUUGGGACUUGAAAAUAUGUAUCACAGUGGUUUGCAUUAACAGGGUUUGUAUCAAUUGUAAUUGGCCAUGGGUUGUUGUAAUUAAAAAUUAGUAAUGAAAUGUGCUGAGUGACAAAUGUUAUAUGCUGUGUUAGGAUUUUUUAAAUUUGUCUAAAUGUCUUAUCAUAAUUUUGAAAUGAUUAAUGUAACAACCAACUUUCAGAGAUAUUUUUUAUGAGCAAAUAUUUCUAAAAAGGAUUAAUGUAAAAAUUUUUAGAAAUUUUAUUAUGUAAGAUACAUUUUUAAUAAAGAACUAAAACAAA